GUUUGAAAUUAGAGAACUCAACACUAGGAGAAUUUUUAAUUGCUGUAUCUUGUUAUUAGAGUUGAGAGUUACAUACCUAUAUCCUUGGGAAGAUGAAUAACUGAUUUUGCCCGAGUUGGAGGAAAAGACCAGAAUGUCGCAUUGGAACAAAUCCUACUUUUAUGGAUUUGAUGACGAAUAUGGCUGGGGAAACACAACAUACUUCUCAUAUUUCUCGGAAUUUAACCGACCUUGGAGUGGCCUCCCUUACCUGGAAGCAUUUGUGUUAAUCUUUCUUUUUAUGUUCUCCCUUUUGGGGAAUUCUUUUGUAUUUUAUCAAAUGAUGAAACUUAGGAGUACCCGAACUGUAACCAACUAUUUGAUUUGCAAUUUGGCUGUCGCAGACAUCUUUUUCUCUACCGGAAGUCCUCUGAUUGCGACUGCGCGCUUGACUGGAACAUGGGUUCUUGGAUCAUUUAUUUGUAAAAUGUUGGUAUAUGUGUUGUUUAUCUGUGCAGCUGUGAUGAUCUGGACGAUGACAAUUAUUAGCAUUGACAGAUAUAUCUGUAUUUUCAAAACAUCUGUGAAAAAAGUCACUCCUAAAGUGGCAAUGUGUAGCAUAGUGAUUCUCUGGUUUCUGGCGUUCAUGGCCUUUAUUCCCCUUGCCAUGUAUUUCAAUUUGAAACGUUUCCCGUUUGGUAACACAAACAUAAAUAUUUGUACACUAAUGUGGCCAAAUUAUCAAACUAUUCGCGUUUCAUUGAUAUUCACGGUCUGUAUCUGCAUUAUUGGAUUUGUGGUUCCACUUGGAAUCUUGGUGUUUAAUUAUUUCAGGAUUUUGAAAAAAUUCAGAAAAUCCAGAAAUGCUGUAACGACAAUAGCCACGAAUAACACAACAAAAUCCAUAAAAUCUCGAGAGCAACGAGAUGUCAGACUAGUGAAGAACUUAAUUUUGCUCGUUGUUUUGUUUCUUGUGAUGUGGCUUCCGAUUUUUAUCGUGUUUGUGUUGCUUCAGGCUUACGGCAUGGAUGAUGAAAUGGAGGUUUCAUCACAGACCUUCAUUGGGGCCUUAUGUGUUGCUCUUGGAAACGCUUGUGUGAAUCCAUUUUUGUAUGGCAUUAUGAAUGAAAAAGUAAAACGUGGAAUUCUUAGAUCUAUCUGUUUUCGAAGAAAGAAGAUGAAAAUAUCAACCAUUGACACCAAAACUGAAAGCAAACUAGCUAAUAAUGGACAGAGCAUGACAUCGAGUACUUGAAAUUAAAAAAAAUGAAUUCAUUAUCUAGUAUAAUUGGAGAAGAACACAGUGUAACUAAAAUCAUGUCAGAUUCUUCAAAAUGAUAUGCAUGCGAUUCACGUUGCUUUUCUGACUUGAUGUGUUGUUUUAUUGAGAAUUGUAUUUAUUUUAUCAUCUAAUUUAUUGACAUUUUUCUUGUUUUACCGACCAUGGGAAGGUUGAUGAGAUAAUGACGCUCAAAUUUACUGCAAGUCUAUGUUGAGAGUUCUUUUCAACAGAAAACGUUAAUAUAUAUUUUUGAAUUUAUUACUUUCACUUGGAAAAAAGAGUAUAACAUUUUAUAAGACAAGUAUUUCUGAAGAAAAAAAAAAUAUAGGUACAAUAUUGUUUUCCUUAAACAAACCUUUACAGAAAUUCACUAGAACUCACUUAA